AUGGUGUGCAUUCCUUGUACUGUCAUUCCAGUUCUGCUCUGGUUCUACAAAAAAUGCCUGGAACCAUACAUCUACCCUCUGAUUUCACCUUUUGUUAGUCGGCUGUGGCCUAAAAAAGCUAUGCCAGAAUCCAAUGAUAAAAACAAAGGCAAAGGAGACUAUAAGGAUGCAGGCAUAAAUGGAUUAACAACCAGAGGGACAGCAGAAAUAUCUGAUAAAAAGAAACACUGAAGGGGCAUUCCCAGUGAUCUCAUUGUUUUGAAAAUGGACCUGAUGAUAUGCGGUUAAAAUAAAUAAAUAAAUAAGGGAGUUGGGCCAUAACGCAGCGGGUUAAGCGCACGUGGCACAAAGCUCAAUGGCCGGUGUAAGGAUCCCGGUUCGAGCCCAGGCUCUCCACUUGCAGGGGAGUCCCUUCACAGGCAGUGAAGCAGGUCUGCAAAUGUCUAUCUUUCUCUCCCCCUCUCUGUCUUCCCCUCCUCUCUCCAUUUCUCUCUGUCCUAUCCAACAAUGACGACAUCAAUAACAACAAUAAAACAAGGACAACAAAAGGGGAAAGAAAGAAAGAAAGAAAGAAAGAAAGAAAGAAAGAAAGAAAGAAAAAAGAGAAAAGAAAAAAGAA